AUGGUGAGACAACCAAUCAGAGACAAGGAAUAUACUUUGCUAGCUCCACUACCGUGGACUUUGUUGGAAAUCCUUUGUAAACUGGACAGGCAUUACCGCGAGAGGAAAAUUAGGUGCCGUUUAGUAUACGAAGAUAGAGAACCAAUCUUUCUUGGCGUCAAUCUCCUCGAGGCGAGGGGAAUUGCUUAUUGCGAUCUUCGUGACUUACUUUUGUGUUUGUUCGUCAAUAACAUACUAAAGCCUUUGUUCGGGGAACACGGUGUCGAUGAUAUUACUAUGGCUCUAACCGUCUUAAACUUACUUGAACCGAAUUCUAAUAGUCAUUGCACUAUACCAUCUAUAAUGCAGCCGCCUACUGUCAUGACAGAUGGUUUAAUAACGAUUCCCUAUGAUCCUGUAUGUGCAAGUCCUUACGUUCACAAUAACGCAGAUUCGACUACUCGCUUUCGUCCACAAUAA